AUGUUCCGCAAGAAGCCUAAGGUCCGAGAACCCUUCAUCAUCCCCUCCAGCCUCGCCGAACUUGGCCUCCGCGUCACACCCAACGAUGAGCUACGACGAAUCAAGAACCCGGAGUUACCGUAUGAGUAUUUUCAGCGAAAUGAUUUUGGGUAUAAUGAGGCGCAUAAGGUCGCUGUAAUGAAGUGCGUUUACGACAUCGUCGAUGAGAGACUCCAGAAGUUGGGCAUGGAGCGCCUUCGUAUCCCUUUAGGUACUAAAGAAGAUGAACCGCAUACGGAGAUCCUCGUCUCGUCCGAUUUGAGAACCAAUGCAAAGAGGGUGGUGGUGUUUAUGCCGGAUGGGAGCCGUCUUGGGGUUUGGGGAGAUAGGGUUUUGACGACGUGGACUUUGCAUGCGGGUUCCAUGGAAGAUUCCGUCCGUCGGGCUCAGGAAGCGAGGUACUCAGUCGUGAUCUGCAAUGCCGGCGAGUUGUUCUAUGUACCCUCACAGAAACGAGCCAUGCGCCUUUUCGAAACACGGUCUUUUGGUUCGCGAACGGAGACGAUCCCUGGGAAUGCAACGCCUCAGGAACACUUCAGAUAUGUGAUGGAAGAGGUGAUCAAGCCAGCGCCGGCCGCGAAAGUUGUCGUUUUGGCGCAUCUGUUUGGGACAGAGUGUGCCGUGUCAUAUUUUGACGCUAAUUGGAACGACUGGGCGGAUCAUUUAACUGCGUUGGGCUUAGCCAAAACUCAGCAUACGGCAGCUGAUACGAAUAAUAAGGCAUUCCGGUGGUUCAUGGCAAAUCGUGCAGUAAACUACGAACAAGCCCUGGACGACCAAGAUUCUUCGACGGAAAAAGUAAGCAACUAUGCAGCUGGAAAGGCAGGGUUCGGAUGUGUGACGUUCUCUGCAGAGUGUCGGUUCAUGGACGAAGUCGUCGCUGCUGCACUCCCCUUCUAUUUCGAGUUCUUUGAGAAAAUGGAGAAGGAAGGUGCGUUGACCUCUUAUGAGGCUGGUGAGAGCGAGGAGGAGGAGGAUGAGAUAUCGGGCGAGGUAGACGUGGAGGUGGAGGAGGUGGCUGUGGAUAGUGGGUUGGGUGGGAGCGGAUGGGAGUGA